GCAUGAAGCUCCAUCAGAGCAGACAGCCCUCUUCAAAGAUGGAGGAGUUGGCCCUCCGGGGGCAGAAUGGCAGGACCAGAGAGGCUGCCCAGUACAUGGAGCCCUCUCUGGGGCAGGAAAGCAGGCCCACUCAGCACAGAGAGAGGCAAGGAGGCAAGGGUGUAUCCAGAGAGGCCCUCAGCCUCUCAGGGGAGCCUGAGGGGGCUCCUGGUGACAUCAUCAUUCUGGGACAGAAGGUGGAGGAAGACAUGCACUAUGGUGACAUAAUCAUGAUAAAUCUAAGCAGCUCUGAGCUGGCUCCUUCCAACACUGUGAGCAGUCUACAGGUCCUCAAGCAGCAGUAUCAGCACCAGCCUCAACGACAACAUCACCACCAACAACAAUAUCAUCAUCAACAACAACUAGAACUCCAGCCACAGCCCCAGAUGGCCCUCUGCAAGGCCCGGUACAACUUUGACCCCAAGCAGCUGGGUCUGGAGGACUGCAAGGACUGCCUCACCUUCCUCAAGGGAGACCUCCUCACAGUCAUCAGGAGAAUAGAUGACGACUGGAUUGAAGGGAAGCUCGGGGACAAAGUUGGGAUUUUUCCUCUUCAAUUUACAGAGAAAAACUCUGCGGCUGCCAAGCUUCUCGAGGGAAGGAACAAAGUGAGUGACUCGUCAGAUUAUCCCCCUCAACUAGGGAGCGGUAAUGGGACCAAGCUUGACCGGAACACUGCUGAUGUGUCCAACUGGACAGCAGUCGUAGGGGCACCCCAGGGUCCUUCCAAGAUCCCCAACAUCCAUGACCUUCCUGCCCAGCCCCCCCAGGCACCACCCCCCCACUACAUCAGCCUGAAGCGCCCCCCCCAGGGCCACCCCCCAAGCCUCCCCAGGCCCCUACGGCCCCGGGAGCCCCCCCACAACUUGACCAGCACAGUUCACCACUCUGGGACCUUCUUACGGCGUGUCAAGCACUGCUCUCAACACACACACAGACACCUGUCACACGUGAGGUCACAGUGUGUAUGUGUGUGUGUAUGUAUGCUGGAAGAAACAAACAGGGGUGAGAGGAGGAUGAACGAGACUCCUCCCACUAUCACUAUGGCUCUGAUCAACCCCCAGACCUCUUCCUCCUCUUCUUCAGCCGACACCAAACUGCCAUCUUCCACCCAGCAGCUCUCCAUCAGCGUGUGUGCUGCUCUGUACUCCUACAAGCCCCGGCGUCCGGAGGAGCUGGAGCUGAGGAGGGGGGAGAUGGUGGGCGUGUACGGCAGUUUCAAGGAGGGUUGGCUCCGUGGCCUGUCACUUAGGACGGGUAAAGUGGGCAUUCUGCCAGGCAACUAUGUCACCCCAGUGCUCAGAACUUCAGCCAGGCUUCUAGAAUCAAAAGUUGCUUCUGUGGCCUCCGGAACAGUGCCUGGAAAAAGAACGUCGGGUUCCAAAGGCCCAGCGGUGGUCGUCGCCCUUGACAGAGUUGAUUCAGAAGGAACCUCCUUCUCAGAAGGACAGGCCCCGUCUGGCAGUGGGGGGGGGCAGCCUGUGUUGUCAUCAACAGGCGCAGGGAGAAUGUCCCUGAACGGGGGGUCCCAAGGAUGGGACAAAGUCAGACGAGCCUUCCAUUCAUCACAUAGAGGCUCAGCUCAGAGAGGAAGCCAUUACGCCUCCUCCAGCUGGGGCCUCCAGCCACACGGCUACUCCCCUACUCUGCCCAGGAAGAAGCACAGCUUGCUGCCCCAGCCCGCAUGGAUGCUGGGGAGGACGUCUGAGCCCAUAGCGCCCUCUGCUGCCAGCGUUGUGAAGGACAGAGAGGUGUUGGGCAGAAAGGCCUCCAGCGUUCCUCAGUCCAUCCUGGUGAGGCCAGAGGCAGGCAGGAACCACACAGACAAGGCUACCAAAUCUGUGAGGUUUGUCACCCAGGAUGAGCUGGGGCCUGUGGCUGGUGAGGAGAGCUGGCAGGGCGAGGUGUGGGCUUCCUCCCUCACACUGGGCCGCGACGGCCCCGGCAUCCUCCUCAAAGAUGGCAGGGUGCUCAGGACGGCCUCUACAGACAGCCUAACCUCUUCUCAGAAACCUUCCUCAUACGCACCCUCAUCAACCUCACUGUCAGCAGCAUCACCAACACAGGCCAGUCCCAGCAGGCACAGGCUGACGUCCUCCUACCGGGCCCAGACAGACUCCGAGUUGAGUCUGACCAAGGGAGAGCUGGUGCUGGUCCAUCCACACCGGCCUGACGGGCGGGUUCUGGUGACCCAGGAGAGCAGCGCCCAGACAGGCCUCUUCCACAGCAGCGUGCUCCACUUCCUAGAGAGGCUGAGCUGACUGGUGGUCUGCAGGGUUAUGGGGGAGCUGACUGGUGGUCUUCUGUCCUUUAAAGGAGGUUAUGGCUGUACAUGUGUAUUAUUCAUUAAAAUGUGCUGUGUAAUGUGUCAUUUUGCUGUUGAAUGUGUUGAAGAUGAGAUGACCGGCCUGCCAAAGCAAGUGUGUGUGUGUGUGGAUGAUGUAUAUCGUGUGGAUGUGUGUGUGUGGAUGUAAAUCCUAUGUGUGUGCGUGUUUGCACAUCUUCCAAGAGAUUUACCCAACAAAUGGCCAACCUGUACAAAAUAUAUUUUUCCCUAGAAAUGUAAUGAACCUGUUCAAUACUGUGGUUAAGAUAAAGUUCUAAAAUGUAUUUUUGUGUAUUUGUCUGUGGUUCAAACAUCUGCACAAACUCACCUCUGACUUUAAGAGUGUUUUAUGUGUUGACCUAUAUUAUUGCACACUGUAGUCAGUGCCUUUGUAAAAAGAUA